GACAACGCGCCGCUCAUUGUCGGCGCUGUGACUUGUCUUGGUGUGAUGGGAGUAAUUGCUCAGGCUUACCUUCCUCGAUUGACGAAUGGCCUUCAUCUCCCACCUUCCCCUUCCACUUGGAGGCUUCGGGGACAUUUUCUGCCGCGUCGCAAGUCAUUUCUUACCAUAGCGGGUUGGGUUGACGAGCAUGGUCCUCUGAUUACUCUUCGGUCGGGACUCAGAAAAUUCGUGGUUAUUGGCCGUUACAAAGCCGCCAUGGAUAUCAUGGAGAAUCAGGGCGCAGCGCUAGCUGACCGUCCUCGCAUGAUUGCUGCUGGAGAGAUAUUUAGCGGCGGACAGGGUCUCACCUCUACACCCUUUGGGGAAAAGUUCCGUCAGAAGCGUAGGGCACUUCAUACGCACCUCCAGCCUAAAGCAGCCGAGGCUUAUCAGCCCCUGCUGAUGUCACACGCGAAGAACCUGGUCCUCGAGAUUCUCGAUGAUCCACACAACUUCCAGAACCAUGUGAUAACUUUUUCUUCGACGACAAUGAUGAAAGUCGCAUAUGGUACUACUACGCCCACUUCUGCGACCGAUCCCCUAGUCAAGGAGAUGUACCAACUCAUGAAGGUGGUCAGUAAACUCCUGCGCCCCGAUGCCUACUACCUGGUGGACUCGAUCCCAUGGCUCAAACAUAUUCCUUGGUAUGGCCGAGAAUUGAAACGGGGGUUUGAGAGGAGCAAGCGGCUCCACACUGGUCAGCUGAAUCGAGUAAAAGAGCAAAUGCAAAGCGAUGUGGACAUUGGUCCUUCGUUCACGAGAUUUAUGUUAGAAAAUAGCGACCACUAUGGUUUGACGGAGGUCGAGACAGCUUUCCUCAGUGCCGCCUUCUUUGGAGCUGGCUCUGAUACGACUACUUUGGCCUUGUGCAACGUGCUCCUGGCAGCCGCAUGUUUCCCCGAGGAGCAAGGUAAAGUUCAAGCCGAGCUCGACGCGGUCAUCGGAAGGCACCGAGCGCCGACUUUUGCCGACCAACAAUCCCUUACUCGUCUGCGUGCCUUCAUCUCUGAGGCUUCGAGAUGGAGACCUGUUGCUCCCAAUGGAGUUCCUCACCGAACAACCAAAGAUGUGAUUUGGGAAAACUACUACAUUCCAGCCGGCACUACAGUAUUCGGCAACACUUGGGCCAUCUGUCGAGAUCCAGAAGUCUUUCCUGAGCCCAACGCAUUUAAGCCUCAACGCUGGAUUGACGACCAAGGUCAUCUGAGAGAUGAUUUAAAUAAUUUUCUUUUUGGGUUUGGUCGGCGUAUUUGCCCUGGUCAACAUGUCGCAAACAGAUCGGUAUUCAUAGGAGUGGUCCUGAUUCUUUGGGCCUUCCGGCUCACCCUCGAUCCUACACAGCCGUUGGAUGACACGGGGUUCCUGAAUUCGGAGAAAACAUACCGGCCGUGCUCUAUCAAAUUCGAGUUGAGGAUUCCCGAAGCAGAGCUCAGGCCCAAGAUGAAGAGUCAUCCUGAGGUCGCGUCAGUGGAUUGAGACUGAUCAUCGCUAGAGAGAGAAUGAAGAACCUGUUCGGAAUGAAUCAGUUACCAGUAUCGGAACCAUGCCACUCAGACAUGACUCGCAACAAAUCACAUAAUUUGUUUCGAUGUAAUAACUAUCGAUUAUGCUUUGUCGUUGACAAUAGAGUUUCAC